AUUUGAUUGGUGGUUUUGCGGCUUGCGUCCGCAUGGCAACGGCGAGCUGUGUACAAUAAUUAAGGCAGAAAGGAGCUUUCUUGAGAAGGAUUUCAACGUCCAAACAACAGUUUCUGUCAUCUUCUCCGUCGAUACUGUUAGAUUUGGAGACUGCAGACGGCGCGGAGUGGCUUUAAUGCGGCGUGGUGUUUGCGCAGACCGACAGCUGCCACCACAGAUUUGUAAUCAUGACGGCAGAGGAGACAAUCAACAUCAAGGAGGCAGAGGUGAUCAAGCUGAUCCUGGAUUUCCUCAACUCCAGGAAGCUGCACAUUAGCAUGCUGGCCUUAGAGAAGGAGAGCGGUGUCAUUAAUGGACUGUACUCUGACGACAUGCUCUUCCUCAGGCAACUGAUUCUGGACGGCCAAUGGGAGGAGGUGAUGCAGUUCAUUCAACCCCUGGAAGGAAUGGACAAGUUUGACAAGAAAAGGUUCCGUUACAUCAUUCUGAAGCAGAAGUUUUUGGAAGCUCUGUGUGUAAAUAACGCCAUGUCUGCAGCUGAAGAUCCUCAAAAUCUGGAGCUCACCAUGCAAGAGGCCGUCAAGUGCCUCCACAGUUUGGAGGAGUUCUGUCCGACCAAGGAGGACUACAGCAAGCUGUGUCUCCUCCUCACCCUCCCUCGCCUCACCCACCAUGCAGAGUUCAAAGACUGGAAUCCAAGCACGGCACGUGUCCAUUGCUUCGAGGAGGCUUGUGCUAUGGUGGCUGAGUUCAUCCCCGCGGACAGGAAGCUGAGUGAGGCAGGCUUCAGGGCGAGCGGGAACCGCCUCUUUCAACUGCUCAUUAAAGGGAUUCUUUAUGAGUGCUGUGUGGAGUUCUGUCAGAGCAAAGCAACUGGGGAGGAAAUCACAGAGGGUGAGGUGUUGCUUGGCGUGGACUUGCUCUGCGGGAACGGCUGUGAUGAACUGGAUUUGUCAUUGCUAUCCUGGCUGCAGAACCUCUCUCCAGGUGCCUUCUCAUGCGCCUUCCAGCAAAAGGUCCUCAACAUCCACGUGGACCGGCUGGUGAAGCCCAGCAAGGCGGGCCAUGCGGACCUCCUGACUCCAUUAAUGAACCGUCUGUCUCCCUGCCCUACCUCGCCCUUCCACCAGAGGCCUCAUUCAGCCGACACCUACAUGUCCAGAUCUCUCAAUCCGGCUCUGGACGGCCUGUCCCACGGUCUGGCAGCGCAGGACAAGAGAGGCAUGGAGGCGAACUCGAAGACUGCUCUCAGUCGGAGUCUUGUUGAGAAUAAUGUGCAUCAGCAGGAUGAUUCACCUGAGAGGAAGCAACCACAAAGGCUGGAUGGUCCAAACACCACACGAACACCUCUGACCCCUGGAAAAGAUGGUGAGCCACCCUGCAGCACAGAAACAAAUGAGCGUUGUGACUCCACCGAGCACAUACAGGAAUUUUACAGGCAGCGUCUCCGUGUGCAGCAACAUCUGGAACAGAAGCAGCAGCAGAGGCAACUUUACCAGCAGAUGCUGCUGGAGGGAGGCGUGAAGCCGCAGGACGGAGCCCAACAUAACCUCACUGAGACCUUCCUCAGCAGAUCCAUUCAGAAGUUGGAAGAGAUGAAUGUGGGCAUUGACCACAGAGGAGAUGAGGCGAUCACACAUCUGGGCCAGCAAUGGAACGGACUGACGGGGAACAACAGCACCUCUAGUCCCAGGACUACCAACACCCGCCACACUCCAGAUACAGGGGUGCUGAGGGACAAGCCAAGUGGUGUGAGCAGCAGCACCCCAUUAAAGACUGGGGGCCACGGCUUACCUUCCCUCUGUGAGUCUCCAGUUCCUGCCAGUCAAAGUGCUGAGAGGAUCAGAGCAUCUUGUCCCACGGUGCAAGAUGAUUCAGGCUGCUCUGCGACACGCAGCACACAAGAGCCAGGAAAGUCCAAAACCCAGUUUAUUAAAGUCAACCAGCUUGAGGACACGCAGGCAGUACGUGCAGUGGCCUUCCACCCCUCAGGAGCACUCUAUGCUGUUGGCUCCAACUCAAAAACCCUGAGCGUCUGUGCCUACCCAGAAAGCCUGUCCACCAGUGGUUCUGGUGCAGUUAAGCAGCCGGUUGUGCGCUUCAGGAGGAACAAGCACCAUAAGGGCUCAAUCUACUGUGUAGCCUGGAGCCACUGUGGACAACUGCUGGCCACCGGCUCCAAUGAUAAAUAUGUCAAAGUCCUGCCUUUCAAUGCAGACAGCUGCAAUGCCACAGGCCCAGACCUGGAGUUCAGCAUGCAUGAUGGUACCAUCAGGGACUUGGCCUUCUUGGAGGGCCCCGAGAGUGGAGGAUCCAUCUUGAUCAGUGCCGGAGCUGGAGACUGCAACAUCUACACUACUGAUUGUCAGAGAGGACAGGGCCUUCAUGCUCUGAGUGGACACACUGGUCACAUCCUGACUUUGUUCACAUGGGGAGGGUGGAUGAUCGCCUCUGGCUCGCAGGACAAAACAGUCCGUUUCUGGGACCUGCGGGUGCCCAGCUGUGUCCGUGUGGUAGGCACGACACUGCAUGGCUCAGGAAGUGCAGUUGCUUCAGUGGCAGUGGAUCCCAGCGGCCGUCUGCUGGCCACCGGCCAGGAGGACAGUACCUGUAUGUUGUACGACAUCAGAGGAGGCCGCAUAGUCCAGUCAUACCGCCCCCACAGCAGUGACAUUCGCUCAGUGCGCUUCUCACCGGGAGCCCAUCAUCUUCUGACUGGUUCCUAUGACAACAAGAUCAUCAUCAGUGACCUACAAGGGGACCUAACAAAGCCCCUCCCUCAGACAGUGGCAGGGGAACACUGGGACAAGGUGAUCCAGUGUAGGUGGCACCCCCAUGACCAGACCUUCCUCUCCUCCUCUGCAGACCGAACUGUCGUCCUCUGGGCACCAGGCCCGUGAGAAUCCAGACGUAAAACACUGAUUAAGCAACAGCAGCAGCAGCAAGCACAAGUGUCCACAUACAUCCCAGCAUGGGAUCCCUUACUGUUGCAGGGUGUAUGUACCGUAUGUGUGUUUGUGUGCAUACAUAUGAAUACAUAUUGUGAGCAUCAAGAUGGUUAUAUGUUGGUCAGUUUAAAGUUAACUGUGUGAACUGUUGUGUGUGUUAUGUGUGCAUAUGUGUGUGUGUAUAUAAAUUGCGUGACUGAUACUUUUUUCAGGCAGAAACUCCAGUCACUUUAAAAAAUGACUGAAGUCUAUACUUGGUUGUGAGUGUGUAUGAGUGAAUACAUCUGUAUUGUGAGUAUGUGGCAGUGUGGGUGCAAGCAAACAUGGCAUUCUUGGAGAUAGGCAUGUGUGUGUAUUUGGUUUUGCAGUUUUAGUGUAAUUAAAAUUAAAUUCAAAGAAAAUUAGAACAUUUUGCAAAUGCCAUGAGAAAACGAGGAUAUUUUAGUGUUGCUAUUUGGAGUCCAUGUGAGGUUAAAUACUUCAAUAUUUACAGUGUGUUUUUGCUUAAUACCUUUCUGCUUUUGGCUUUGUAAGUAGAGCAUAAAGAUUAAAUGGCAAAGACGUACUUAGACUAUAGAGAUGACGCCUUGCAUUGAAAGGCAUGAGUGAGUUCAGGGCAAGCACACUUUCAAGUUAGUUUAGUUAUUUUCUCAAAAUGCCAAACUUCAUAUAAGUCAGCCAUAGUCAGCGCUUGGAGGUCACUUUAGGUGGGAUGUAGUUUAGGGAGCAGCGAGUGACCUUGUGGACAGAGGCCACGUUUGGUUAUGCAUAUCAUAAUGUGCCUUUUUGUAGAAGUUUUUGGAUAUGUGGAUAAAUUAAGAGAUUUAUUUAUUUAUUUAUUAUUUGCAGCUUUUUCUUAUUUGUCCAUAUGCCUUGUCAUGUAUAGAUUAUUCUAAUGGCACUGUAAUGCAGAAAAUGAUCACCCACUGGGCAGUUGUGCACACCUGUAUAGAUUCCCAAAGUGAUUUUUCCCCCUACAUCUCUUAUUAUUGAGAAAGUGAGAGUAAUUCGGGCUUUACACAGAUGUUGAGAAUACAGAACGUUCAAGUUUGGAAUUUCAGUGAUGAACAUUGUAAUUUUUAAACAUGUCUCACACAACAAGUUUCAAUUUCAAUCUGAAAAGAUAAAUUGCAAAAUUAGAAAAAAGUACAUGUUGAGAAUAUAUUGCAACCAGACAGUCUCAGGAUGACAACAGCUCAACGUCUCCUACACAAAAUGAUCAAAGAAAUGAGAGAAAAUGUCGACAGGCUAAAGCUAAGACAAUGGUAAUGAUGCACUUUAAAGACAGGAACGCUGCUAGACUGCACACAGAGUGAAAUGACAUAUCUGGUCACAUUUUUAACUUUUACAAAUAAGGUUCUGAUUUUAUCCUCACUUUUUACUAGGCUUUUACUAAGCACCUACACAGAAUAAGCACCUAAUGCAUGCGAGAGAGAGAAGGGGGUAUGGGGGAGAAGGUAUGUCAUAGCUUACCGUGUUAUACAUCAUAUUUUACAUGAUCUGUUGCUCACAGUGGCAAAAUCGAGUGUCAUUGUCCACCUGUGUGGUUUUAAAAGAAAGUUUGUGCACAUGUGUAAUGAUAGAAUUCCAAAGGGGUCAAUGAAAUUCAAACUCUUAAAAUAAAAAUAUGGAAUAGUG